CAUUGCUUAACAACCUUUUAUCCCUAUUUAUAGUGAAUAUUUUAUUCCUUAUUUAAUCUACACAAAUUCUAAUACUACUAUACCAAUCACUUGUACACAUGGAGAGAGCAUACUCUUUCUUUCUUUCAGUAGUAGUCUUGCAACUCUACUUCUUAGAUACAUGCAUUAGCAAAAACAUAAGCACUGAUCAAUCAGCUCUUCUUGCUGUCAAAGCCAGCUUUACUUUAAACUCUUCUCAUCCCUUAACCCAAAAUUGGUCUUCUCAAGCUUCAAUUUGCCAUUGGAUUGGAGUCACUUGCGCCUCUCGCCACCGUAGGGUGAGAGCACUAAAUAUAUCCAACAUGGACAUUGUUGGAACCAUUCCGCCACACUUGGGAAACCUCUCAUUUCUUGUUUCUCUCGAUGUGAGCAGAAAUCAUCUAUAUGGUGAGAUUCCCAAAGAUAUUGGCAACCUUCGGAAUCUAAAGGAGUUGAUUUUAGUCAGUAACCAGCUUACUGGCUCUAUUCCAUUCUCCAUUUUCAACAUUUCCUCAUUGGAGACUUUGUCUCUCGCAUAUAAUCAAUUAUCAGGGAGUCUUCCAGUAGAUAUAUGCCACCGUCUUCGAAGAAUCAAGAGCAUUUUAAUAAUUUCCAACCAAUUGAGUGGUCACAUUCCAAUAGGUUUGUCUAACUGCACAGAUCUGUAUGACUUGUCAUUGUCAUACAAUCACUUUGAUGGGACCAUUCCACCAGAAAUUGUGAACUUGGAGAGGCUUGAGAGAUUAAACCUUGGGGGAAACCACUUGCAAGGUAGUCUUUCAUCUUCUCCAAACCAUUGGCGAGCGAAUCUACAGCUUUUGAAUCUUGGUGCAAACAACAUACGUGGAGUUAUACCUAGCUCAAUCUCCAACUCCUCAAAUCUAAAGACAUUAUAUCUUUAUGAUAACAAAUUGAGUGGCAAAAUUCCGAAUUCGUUGGGGGAUUUGAGACAGCUUGAAUAUUUGGCUUUGUCGCGCAAUAAUUUAAUAGGUAAUUCUCAAGCAAAAUGUUUUUGUUUGAUAAUCUAGGCUAGUCUUGCAUCAUCUAUGGAAGUUCUUGAUUAUCGAUUGCACUGUUAUCUAUCUAUAUUGAUGCAGUACUGGUACAUUUGAGAAAUCAAAUAAACUUAUUAAGUCCAUAUAUACUCUUUCUUAGCGGUUGCAUAGAAGUUAGAGUAGAAUUAAAGGUUAACUACACUACCUCCCAUGUAAUAUGAUUCAAUUUCGUAUAUAUUUAAA